AUGAACCAGCGCCCCCAAAGCUCUUCCACAAGAUCAAAUACAAGCUUUUUAGACUCAAGUCGUGCUGUGCAGGCCUCACCUCGAAACAAACCUUCGAAUAACGAGCUUACAAUCCCUGAAAGUAAUUUACUUCUCAACAACGUUCCAACUUACGCACUCCCAUCGCGACCCAGAGCUCAUUCUGCGGCGACCAACCCGCAACCCCCUUCUCAAUAUUCGCCUGCUACCCAUUCUCGACAUUCUACGCGAUCUGGCUCGGAAAUUUCAAUGUCGUAUCAGCCAGGAAGAUAUCAGUCGGCCGGCGACCAAAGGCAAUAUGGACUCCCUCCACCACCUCCCAUGUCCCCGCCAUCUCAACCGCAUAUGAACCAGCUGAACUUGAACAAUAUACCUCCACCACCGCCUCGAAACAACAUACCUCCACCUCCACCUAUAGUUUCGAAUAAUUGGCAGCAGCCACAGCAAACUUGGCUGGUUAACAAUAAUAGACCAUUCCCUGGGCCACCGGCUAAUCCUCCAAACACAAGUCAAUACCACGCCUACAAUCCUGGCCAGCACCAUCAACCUGCGCCGUUAUCGAUAGGUCAGUCUCAAUCGAAUAGUGAGCAGAUGUCAGCAACAUAUAUACCGCGCGGGGAAUCAUUUGGACCUGGUGUUGGGAUACCUGGCUUGGGAUGGAGCAGUCAAGAGAACUAUAGGGAUAGUGCGGACUUUUCUGCUAUAUCGGACAGCUCAAGAGGAACACCAUUAGAUGACAGUAAUUAUUACAAGGAUCGAUCAUAUCCGUCUCAGACACCUCAACGGUUCAAUAACAUUCAUCUCCCAGAGUAUGAUUCCCCAGGCCCCCCUACAGCAACUAUAACGAAUCCACAAUUGUCUUCGGCCACCAAUAGAGGCUUGACAGCAACGUCAAACAAUUCACAUCAACAUGCGUCCGGCAAUAAUUCGAACACGCCAAUCUCACCGAACGAUGCGGGUUCUCAAUGGUCCAUGAAUCGCGUUUUGUUGUGGCUGGCUAAUAAUCACUUUUCUAAUGAUUGGCAGGAAACUUUUAGAGCGUUGAAUAUAUAUGGCUCCGUAUUCCUCGAACUUGGCAGUGUUCAUGGUGGUAGAGGUAACUUUGGGAUGAUGCACCAGCAAGUAUAUCCACGGCUAGCAAAAGAGUGCUCCAGUAGUGGAACUGGCUGGGAUCAAGCUAGGGAGCGCGAAGAAGGGAAAAGAAUGCGACGUCUGAUUAAGGCUAUUGUGACUGGGAAAAGUCUAGAAAGUACCAAGUCGUCACAAAUUCGGCGGCAGUCAUCCGCUGCUAACCUUAUCACAAGGCCCAGUACAGAGAGCAGUCUAGAUAGUUUUUCUCAUCAUGGCCGUGGAAACGGAGCUUCCAUAUCUACGCCAAACACAGCCAACGACGAUGAUAAUAGUCCUGGAAAACAAAUGUCGACAAGUUCUGGGCAAGUUGUUGGAACGAGAAGGCAUUCAGGAAGAAGUACUACUAUGCCUAUUUUGAGCAACAUUAAUACCGCAGAAGAAAGCGAUUUUAAUAAUAUCCGAAAUUCUCAUCGAAGUGUUUUGAAAAAUAUUGAUAGUGAUGGCGCCCGGCGUCAUAGUCCAAGCGCCAGUAAUGAAGUCAACGAAGGAAGUUUCAAGCCGCAACCUCUGCGCCUGGAUGGGAGUCCGAAGAGCGGUAGUCCUGCUGGGACAUUCGCAACGCUUCACACACCGGUAGGGCAAAAUCUAUCAGCUUCGCCUCGUAGUGCUGUAUUUGGCCACCGAUCAAGCAAUAGCACCGACUCCAUAUCUUCUAGCCAGGCAAUUUACGGAUCUGGAGUGCCACCAGGUGCUAGCCAAGCACUUAGAGGUGGAAUGGGAGGGGCUGUAGGCGAAGUCGGCCUCGUAAGAAACCAAGAAACUCGAAGACAUGGUGUUGAUGUAUCACGUCCUUCUCCCUUGGAUGGCGAGCGUUCCGCAAGCUCGGAACAACCCACAUCCGCAAAAGAAUCGAGAGGGUUUCUCAGUCACUUUAAAGGGAAAAAGCGACGAGGAAAAGAAGACGGCCUAGCCCCAUCGCCCGACGACCAGAAUCUUGAUUCCCCUACUAGCCCAUCUCUUGGCUUUAAAGCUGCACCUUUCUUGGGCAAUGGCAGGAUUAGCAACUCUAGCGAAACUUCAUUGGACCGACCUUUGUCCACAUUCUCCGCGUCAGAAUAUGAUAAAUUCGCGCAUGGAAAGGGAUAUCGCGGCGUGCGAGCUACAGGGAGGAGCUUUGUCUUGGCUACUACCGACGGGUGGAAUUUUCGUCUGUGUGAUGUCACUGAAAUCGAUAAUGCGCAAGAUCUCAAGGCUACGAUAUGUUCUAAUUUAGGCGUUCUUGACUCAGAAUUUACACAUUUUUAUCUUACGGAGCUAGGUAAGAUGGAGCACGAAGAAGCAUUGGAUGAUAAUAAACUUCUGUUUUGCAAAAGGCACAAAGCCGAUCAGUCUGGUCACGGCAUGAACUUUACUACGAAACUGAGUGGACUUUCUCCUAUUUUACCCCCAACUGCGCCUCUCGAUGAAGAGGCUUAUGCCCUUCUAAAUGGAAGCAGAAGACGAUCCAGCUCAUCACCACCUACAUCACGCCAAAAUACGAUCAAGGGGGAUACUGCACCUCAGAAAGACAAGCCUGCACCUACAACUGAAACACCAGAUGCACUCCGUGAGCGCCUAAUGGCGUACAGAGCAUCGCAUUUAGGAGAGAGAGAAAUACCAGAAGCAGAUAGACAAGCGUUCAUAGCAAUGGCAUCAGCAGAACAUAAAGCUGAGAUGGACCGAAGACAAAAAGAAUAUCUGGCAAAAAAGAAAGCAAACAAAGGUACACCAACCUCCGCGGAUGGUGCUUUGGGUAUUGUUGGUCGCAAUGUUGAUUUCGAUCAACCGAGACUCUCGCCUUUUGAAGAUAAGAAGCCGGAUAAUCUCUUCCCUCAAAGAAAAGCUCCGCCAAUCCCUGGAGAGUCAGCUACUUUGAUCCAAGCCAACUCCUUGAGCAAAAAGUCUGGUAACCAAGCUCGUCUAUCAUAUGAAAGCGUCGAAAGCGAAGGCAAACGUUCAUCUAAAGACGACUCGAGUGAAAGUUCUAGCACUAAACGGAAGCCAGUCCCCGCCUCACCUGUCCAUCCAGGAGGUAUUGGCGCUGCCCUGGAUCAUGGAAACACUGGAUCUGGCAGAAGCAGUCCCAAAUCGAGUGGGACUCCAGGUAGCGUUACUUGGGGCAGAGGUGAUACAUCAUUCAUCAUUCCCGAUUAUGCUGGUGAAGAAGAAAGCUUAUCGGCGAGCAUCGCUACGUCUUUGAAAGAUUCCAGCAACGCUGCGAUAGCCAGAAUGAAGGAGAAGAAUACGAAGAGGUCCUUCCCCCCCUGCCAUUAG